ACUUAAAACAGAAAUGUGCACCUUUGAUGAGGAUGAUGUAUGUGACUAUUUCCAAGGCACCAAUGAUGACUUUGACUGGAAGCAUGUUGAAAUCCAAGGUCCAGCCGGACAGACAUCAGACCUCCUUCAAGGCUCCUACAUGAUGGUGAACUCUUCACAGCACAUUCAAGGCCAGAAAGCUCAACUGAUCCUCCAUUCUUUGAGUGAAAAUUAUGCUCACUGUAUCCACUUCAGCUACUUUUUAUAUGACAGAGAUGGAUUUAGCCCUGGUUUACUCAAUGUCUUCAUCAGGGUCAAUAAUGGAUCACUUGGUGAUGCCGUUUGGAAUGUAUCAAAAUCGCAUGGGAAGCAGUGGUUACAGGCUGAACUCGCUGUUGGUACCUUCUACCCAGAUAACUAUCAGGUUAUUUUUGAAGCAGUCAUCUUGCCAGAACAAAGAGGUUAUAUCGCAUUAGAUGAUAUACUGAUCGUGGAUUCUACCUGCAAUAAAUUGGAGUCAAGGAGCUACAAAUGCAGCUUUUGCUAUCAAAGAGAAGUUGAUUGGUUUAUGGACUCUAACACCACACACUUUCAGCCACUCAGAGAUAUGGAGACGAACUCUGAGCAGGAUGUAACUUUCCAUUGUAUUACAAGGGGACAAAUGACUAAGGCACAAAGUCUUUCCUUGCAGAGACAGCAUGGAGGCGUAAUCAACCCAUCAGCACAGCCAGAACACAACAACCCUGCAAUAUUAAUUGCAAUCUUUCAUCUACAACAGUUGACAAAGCAAAACCAGGACCUGUAUCGUUGUGUGAUUCAGUCUGAAAGUGGAUCAGGAGUGUCUAACUUUGCAGCAUUGAUUGUUAGAGAAGCACCAACACCAGCUGCUGCACCCAAAGUGAUAAAGAUUGGCUCGACAUUCCUGAUAUUGGACCUAAACAUCAACCGCAUUCAUGGAGAUGGUCCCAUUAUUCAGAAAGAGAUUGUAUACGGAAAAACCUCAAAAACCUGGACAACCAUCCCGAUUUUUUAUGGUUCAAAUUAUGUCCUGAGGUUCUUAGACCCAGACACUGAAUACCAGAUUGGUGUCAGACUAACGCGGCCUGGUAAGGGAGGCAUAGGAGAUGUAGGACCAAAACUCAUCAGCAAGACUACAUGUGCAGGACCAGUGCAGGCACCCAACAACAUCACCUCAUCUGAAAUCAAGCCAAGGCAAGUCACUCUACAAUGGGAGCCAUUGGAAUACAACAGCACUCGCUGCCACACUUACUUUUACACUGUGUGUUACCACUACACCUUCAGAGUUGACAACUUUCAGUGGUUCCAAGAAUGCCAGACUGUUCCACAAAACGUCUCUUCAUUCAUCAUUAGAAGACUCCUACCUUAUACUGACAUCUAUGUCAAGGUCACUGUAGUCAACCUCAUAGGAAGGAGAGAGAGUGAAGAACUUAAAUUUCAGACAGAUGAAGAUGUACCUGGCAGAAUUUCAGCAGAGUUAAUCAGUAGUUUAUCCACGGAAGAUAUGAUAACUUUGAAAUGGAAAGAACCACAGGCGCCUAAUGGUAUCAUCACGCGGUAUGAGGUAAGCUAUCAAUACAUUGCGUCCUCUGACCCAGCAGUGAUUAUAUCCUGCCCAAAGAAAACUCUCUUGAAAGCCAGAAAUGAAACCAGCCACACAUUUAAGAAUUUGGAACCAGGCACCACGUAUCGUUUCUCGAUUAGGGCAUCCACUGUCAAAGGUUUCGGCUCGAGAGUAUUUACUGUGAUCACAACAAACAUAUCAGCUCCUCUCUUUGUGUAUGGUAGCAUGCCUUCUCCACUAGAGGUAACGAAUACCACCAUUACUGUCCAGCUAAAGCCAGCACGAGGCCGUGGUGCUCCAAUCAGUGUUUACCACAUCAUUGUGAAACAGAACAAUCUACAUAAAGUGAAGCAAGAACCCAGAGCACAGGAGUGCUUUCCUUUGCCCAUUAAAUGGGAAAAGGCUGCAACUGAAGACUUGCCAUACUAUUACAGUGCUGAGCUCACACCCAGCAGCCUUCCAGGACCAAAGCCUUUCACCGUUGGAGAUAAUGGCACUUACAAUGGCUAUUGGAAUGUACCGCUGGAAUCUAAGAAGAACUAUAGCAUCUACUUUCAAGCUAUGAGCAAUUUCAAAGGGUUAAAAGAGCAUUGGCAGCCUCAGGUGCCAGUGACUGAAUACAGUAAUCCUCCAAAAGAUAAGCAGCACAAUAUGAUGAAUAAAUCAAUCAGCUUAUCAGAAACCUUCUCUCAGAGACCUUGUCAUCAAGCUGGCUUUCCUUAUCAGAAUCCGAAGCUGUACCGUGCAGUUAAAGUGGAUGACCUUCAUGAACACAUCAACCAAAUGAAAUCAGCUGAGGACUAUGGCUUCAAGCAAGAGUAUGAGAACCUCUUUCAAGGCCAGUCUUCAUGUCAGAAAAUGUCAAAGAAGAGAAAACGAUGUUCCGAAAGUCAAUGUGUAAACAUCACUAUUAAUGAUUGUCGUCAAGCCACCUUACCUCCAUAUCUGGAAGAUCCUGGAUUUAUUUAUUUGAGCUAUGCAGAUAGUAAGCAAUACAGAAGAUUGAGCAUAAACAGGGCUGAAAUGCAGUAUAACCUUCUGGGUGCAUUGAAGUUUAAGGCUGAUCACAAAGCAAAAUACUUCAUUGCAGCACAAGGACCCAAACAAGAAAUGGUGUAUGACUUCUGGAGGAUGAUGUGGCAGGAACAUUGCAGGUGUAUUGUGAUGAUUACCAAGUUGGUGGAAGUUGGACAGGUCAACUGCUGCAAAUACUGGCCUGAUGACACAGAGAGUUAUGGAGACAUAAGUGUUGCUCUCAUUAAAACAGAGGUUCGAGCAGAAUAUACUGUCAGAAUCUUCUCACUUCAAAAGGUAUGGUUCAAAGCCAGUCGUGAAAUUCUGCAGUUUCAUUUCACAGCUUGGCCAGAACAUGGAGUUCCCUAUCAUGCAACAGGUCUCCUCGCACUUAUUCGCCGUGUCAAGGCUGCUAAUCCUCCUGAAUCAGGCCCUCUAGUCGUUCACUGCAGCACUGGUACGGGGAGAACUGGAUGCUACAUCGCUCUGGAUGUGAUGAUGGACAUGGCAACAUAUGAAGGGGUUAUUGAUGUUUACAACUUUGUGAAGACUCUGUCCUCAUGGCGCAUUAACAUGAUUCAGACUGAGGAGCAGUAUAUUUUCAUCCACAAUGCUAUCUUGGAAGCCCACCAUUGUGGUGACACCUCCAUUCCAGUUAAUAAAUUCAAAUCUACUUAUAAAGAAAUGAUCAGAGUUGACCCUCAGAGUAACUCCUCACAGCUCAGUAAAGAAUUUCAGGUUCUUAAUUCAGUGGCUUCUGUCCCGGAUUGUGAAAAUUCCAGCAUUUCUUUCUCACCUCAAAAUCAAGAAGAGAACUGUGAAACGGAGUCCCUUCCACCUGAUAAAUGCCUUCCGUUACUUGUUACUGUGAAGGGUGAAAGUAACAAGUACACAAAUGCUACCUUCCUGGAUAGCUACAGACAAGCAACAGCUUUUGUGGUGACCCCACAUCCUUUUCAGAAAGAUGCAGCUGACUUUUGGAGACUUGUGUAUGACUGCAAGUGUUCUUCAAUAAUCAUGCUGAACCAACUUAACGAAUUAAACUCUGCUUGGCCAGGCUUGCAGUAUUGGCCAGAGAGUGGAGUUCAGCAGUAUGGGCCCAUGCAAGUAAAAUUUAUCUCAUGCAGACUGAAUGAGGAAAUCUGUGACAGCACGUUUGAGGUCCGGAAUUUAUCACGGUUACAGGAAAAUUAUCUGACAGUGAAACAUUUCCAAUACCUUCAGUGGCCUACAAACAGUGGUGUACCCAAAUCCAAGAAAUCAUUCUUCAACCUACUGAGGACAGUUGAACAAUGGCAGGCAAAAUGUGGUGAUGGACGAAUUGUCAUUCACCGUUUGAAUGGAGAAGGGGACAGUGGAGUACUCUGUGCUUUGAUUUCCAUCAUGGAGAUGAUCAAAUACCAAAAGAUGGUGGAUGUUUUUCACACAGUGCAGACAUUACGCCACAACAAACCAAACGUGGUUGAAUCCCUGGAACAGUACCAUUUCUGCUAUGACAUAGCACUUGAGUACUUGGAGUUCUGGGAAGUAAAUGGCAAAGAAUAA